CUCCCUCCCACCUCCAUCAUGAUCCUCCCAAGAGCUGCGUCCGUUCUUUCUGCGCUGGCCCUACCACUGCUGUUUGCUUCUGUGACGGACGCACAGCUCAGCGCGCCGGCCUGCGACCCUGGGUGGGAAUGGGCGUCCAACAGCUUGAACCAAAACCCCUGCCUAGUCACUGCUUAUUUGGAAGGCGUAUGCAAUGGCGGACAAUUCAGCAUCCCAGCAUUGAGUCCUGAUCAUCACUACAUUGGUCCAAACGGUCCCGACAACGGCGAUCUGUGCAAGUGUAACACAGUUGCUUAUUCCCUGAUCAGCGCGUGUGAUGCCUGUCAAGGCUCGAUAUGGACCGAAUGGUCUGAAUGGUCUGCCAACUGCACAAGCGUGAGCCCACCUGGAACGUUUCCAGAAGUAAUCCCGAGUGGGACCAGAGUUCCGGGUUGGGCAUAUUUGGAUGUCAUACAACAAGACAUAUGGAACAACGUCACUGCUUUCAAUAACCGAUCUCUUCCUGAAUCUACUUCGACCGGUGGGCCAACUACGAUCAACCCAUCCGCUACUACCUCUUCCAUUCCGGUGACUUCCGCAACAAGUAGUCGCAGCAGUACCGCUAGCAGCGUUCCUCAAAACAAUUCCAAGAGCAGCUCCCAUGCAGGUGCAAUUGCUGGUGGGGUCGUGGGUGGGGUCGUGGGCGUUGCAGCCGUCGGAGCUCUCAUCGCUUGGUUCAUUCUCAAUCGGCGUCGCACGCAUGUACCGCCAUCGGCAACAUACGUAGGUGGGCCUCCUCCGAUGGGCCAAUAUGACGGCGUCCCCACGCCAUUCACACCGGGAUCAAAUGCAACGCCCAAGAAGUAUUAUGACCCCUCGGACCCCAGUACUUUCCCGACUUCUCCCUCAUCGCCUACGAUCCACACGACGAACAACACGUACAGCAGCAUUGGGGUCAAUGGCUUGCAGCCGAACCGCAACCAAUACAGUGGGCUACCGGAAGUGUAAGCGAUGGAGUCACAACUCGAGUGUCUCGCUCGGCACUGGCAAAAACUCAUCGCAUCUCCGCCAUCAUCUCUCUAUCACGACCUCCGACGACCACCGCUUCCCAGCCACACCACGGCAUCUGUCACUCCUGCCAUUGUGUUUUAUUCGCCUAUGUCUAUCGUAUCUUCUGCCCUCUGCUGCCUCCUUGCUACCCAACUUACCGAGACUUUGUCAAGCGGGUUGCUAUUUUCGAUGCUGUGUCUGUUGUGUGUAUAAGGAUGCACUAUUCUUUCUAAUCUUACCACAGGUUUCAUGGUUCGAUCCCAUCAUGGUAUACGUGAUACUUGUGCUGGUCGACAUAGACUCUCGUUUGUAUCAUCGGUUGUCCAGUAUCUAUUGGGAAAUGUGUACGCUAUGCGAUUGAACAAGUGCGUGACUGCACGUCAACGUCAACUUUUGUC